AUGUGCUACGACCGCUACGUUGCCAUCUGCAAACCCCUGCACUACGGGACCCUCCUGGGCAGCAGAGCUUGUGCCCACAUGGCAGCAGCUGCCUGGGCCACUGGCUUUCUCUAUUCUCUGCUGCACACAGCCAAUACAUUUUCCCUUCCCCUGUGCCAGGGCAAUGCCCUGGGCCAGUUCUUUUGUGAAGUGCCUCAGAUUCUCAAGCUCUCCUGCUCAAGCACAUACCUGAGGGAAAUUGGGCUUCUUGCUUUUAGUGCUUUUCCUUUUUGGGGAUGUUUUGUUUUCAUUGUUUUCUCCUAUGUGCAGAUCUUCAGGGCUGUGCUGAGGAUCCCCUGUGAGCAGGGACGGCACAAAGCCUUUUCCACGUGCCUCCCUCACCUGGCUGUGCUCUCCCUAUUUCUUAGCACUGGCAUGUUUUCCCACCUGAAGCCCCCCUCCAUCUCAUCCCCAUCCCUGGACCUUGUGGUGGCAGUUCUGUACUCGGUGGUGCCUCCAGCACUGAACCCCCUCAUCUACAGCCUCAGGAACCAGGAGCUCAAGGAUGCCAUAAGGAAAAUGAUGAUUGGAUGCUUUUCAGAAGCAGAAAGCUGCCUGUUUUCUUCUGUAAAUCAUUCCUAA